AUCAGUUCAAUCAGUCGUUUGGAAUUCGCGAAACUAUGCGGUCGCAGUACGAAGAUAGUGCCGCCGUGUCUACGGAUAGCAAGUACCACACUAGCUAUAGUUAUAAUAGCAGCAAUAAUAAUAACAAUAAUUACCAUAAUGGUAAUGGCAAUGGUAUACCAUAUCAUGCGCGCGAAAAUUCGCUGCCAUUUAGCUACGGCAUCGCGACAACAUCGACGCCGCUGCGAAAAACGCCAACGCCGACGCGGGCAGAUAGUUUUCUCGACUUUGACUACGGCAUAGGAAGUGGCAACAAAUCAACAACAAGCAACAACAACGUUAGUAGUAAUAAUAAUAGUAACAGUGAUAUGAUAAAGCCGCAGCCACGUUUAACGAGCCCUUUGCUAGUGCGCAAAACACUCGGCAGCCGCAAUCCGACAACAACAACAGCAACAAACACGAAUACCAUAUCGAAUACCUAUCACUAUGGCGGGGGGACGACGUCGGCGACGGCGACGCCGCCACGCGCUGACUUUGAGCAGCUGCUGCGCGAGCGACGCGACAAAGUCUACAACGAGUAUCGCUCCAAGGAACUAGUUCCGGAACGAGUGCCGCCCACGCCGCCGCAGCGGCGUCAAAGUAACAGUUACAACAACGGACAGCAGAGCAAAUACAAUUAUGAUUUCGAGUUCAAUCUGAACCUCGAUGACGUCAGCGAGCAGCGCAGUCCGCUGCCAUAUCACACACGGAACAUUGAGGUGGACCAACGGCAGCGGCAGUCGCAACCGCAACCGCAGCUGCAUCAGGACAUGGAUGUGCCCGAUGGUGCUAUUCGAGGUGGUAGUCGUCGCUUAGAUUCCACAAUUGUGGAACGCAAUUAUCACACAAUUAACAACGGCUACAGCAAAAACAACUACAACAGCUUGGAGCGACCUCCAAUGGAAGUGACACACAAACGACUGCUACAACAACAACAGCAACAACAACAGUUGGAGCACAUUUAUGGUCAGAACCAGCUGCAUCUGGAGACGCAGCAGCAGCAGACACGCAGUCGUCGCGAUCUGUCGCCCAUUUAUGCCACCAGCAGCAAGCGUACCACAACAACAACAACAGCUGCUCCAAAUAGCAAUGGCCAAGCGGAUUACCUGUUGACGACACCCAGUCCCACCAGCCGACCGGAGACGCCCGCUUUUCCGGUGACGCCACGCACACCAUUUGCAACCGGAUCUGGGUCCAUCUCCGGUCAACGCAUCUCGCCCACCAGCGAGUCCAUUUACCAGACCAUGGGACCCCGUCAACCGGUCAAUUCGACGCCCUCGCCCACCUUUGAGGUGGCCGCCGAUUUGGUCAAAUUUGCCCGUAACUCGGCCAAGUUCUGGUACAAGGCAACACUGUCCCGCGAGGAUGCCAUCGCCCUGCUGUUGAAUGCCCCGCCAGGCACAUUCCUGGUGCGUGAUUCCACCACCUAUAAGAAUGCCUAUGGCCUGGUGUUGCGUGUGGCACAGCCGCCAGCUGGCAGCCAGGAGCUGGUGCGUCAUUUUCUCAUUGAGCCGACGCAACGUGGCGUCCGCUUGAAGGGCUGCGCCAAUGAGCCGGUUUUCACCUCGUUGUCGGCGCUCAUCUAUGAGCAUUCCAUCAACCAAUUGGCGCUGCCCUGUCUACUUCGCAUCCCCGAGGCAGACGUGGUGCCCGCUCUGGCGGCCACAACUCCAGCCCAGCAGCAGCUGCUCACCCAUGGAGCUGCCACAAAUGUGCUCUGGCUGUUUAGCUGCGACACGGAAUCCCUUACCGGCAACGAAGCCAUACGCAAGGCCAUCCGGACGAUGUACGAGCAGCGCACGCUGCCGGAGACAACCGAGGUGCACUUCAAGGUGUCGGGUCAGGGCAUCACUUUAACCGAUAAUACGCGAAAGAAGUUCUUCCGCAAGCAUUACACCGCCGAUGUGAUAUCGCAUUGUGCCAUCGAUCCCGAGAAUCGCAUGUGGACAAGUCCCAAUGAUACCGAGAAGACCAUAUUUGCCUUUGUGGCUCGCAGAUCACACAGCUCCAAGGAUAAUCAGUGCCAUGUCUUUUGCGAUCUGAGUGUCGCUCAACCAGCAGCAGCGAUUGUCUCCUUUGCCAAUCGCACGCUGCCCACGGAGAAGCAGCGCAACUAUGUCCUCUGAGCAGGACUCGGCUGACGCAACGAAGAAGCUUUUGGCCCUAAUCGAAUAGCUGGGCGAAUUCCCGUUAAAACUGGCCAGUGUUGUACAACGUAUAUAAAUAACAUAUGUCACUUAAAUACAUUAAUAUAAAACGAUAAAUCGAAUGACAAAGUGAUGUCAGUUAAAAGUUAUGUGUCGCACACACACAUUUAUUUAUAUUAAAUGGGCAGAACUUGAAUUAGUUAAAUGCACAGUGUGGCAAAGCACAUUGUAUAAUGUUAAAUCAGUGUUGAAGCAUAAUCAAUGUAUCUUGAGCAAUUUAUGGCAGUAGUAUAACAUAUGUAUUUAAAUGUGCUAAAAACAAUAUAAUUGUAUAUACAACAAAAUUUAAUAAUAAGUUUCGAAAAGAAUAUUCAACGAGUUUAGAAUUUAUAUUUAUCGUGUGCUUUGUUUCGUUCACUUUGUAGUGCCGUGUUUUUAAUGUUGUGGGAUAUCUAAAAAUAAAACAGAAAACAAGCUAUUAAAUGUAAUUUAAUUAUGGAACGAAAGCUAAUAUAUAUGAAAAUUAAUUUUAAAUCGUUAUACUAAUAAAUUGUUAAUCUACGAAAAGAACUAUGUCAUGUGCAUAUAUUGAUUAAUACCUGCUUUAGAUCUAAGUUCACUAAUACAGUCAGCUUAUAAAUAAAGUGCAAUUAUGU